AUGCAGAAACUUGAUGAUAAUAAUGAUCGACAAUCAGAUAAAAAUAAAACGAAACGUCGAGCGCGGAGUACUGACGAAAAAUUAGCGGCUAUUAAAUAUUACAAAGCGGUUAAAAGUUAUAAACAAGUUGCAAAAGAACAUGGAUGCAGUCGAAAGAUGAUACGUACUUGGGCGAGUCAAGAACAAAAUUUGUUGUCAUUAAGAGGAGAAAAAACGGGAAAGAAUUUGAAACGUUUAGAAGGCGCCGGAAAAAAUUAUGCCAUGUUCAGUUAUACAUGGGACAGCGAUGACGUUUUAACGUUAAGUUAUGUUCUUGGGUCCAGUUUUGAUCCAAAAUUAAUUAAUUUUGGAGAUGAUGACAAUGAUAAAAAGCGCGAAAGUAAUGAAGGGACGUUGAAAACUCCAGGAAAAAACGAUAAUACUGCAACGAGUGUGGAUGCAAGAAGUCAUCUUAUGUUACCCCACUCGCACACACUUAUCUACACAACAUUCAUACCCACACCCUAG